AUCAUUCACCGCGAUCUUGCAGCUCGUAACGUGUUGGUUGGGGAAAGAGAAACGUGUAAACUGACUGACUUUGGAAUGGCCAGGAAUGUCCAACAGGAAAACAUUUAUGAAAGAAAGACAAGGGUAUCUGAGUUAGGAACUAAUAAGAAUAAUUAAUUAUAAGAUAAAGGGAAUCUAAAAACAAGGAUUUACAUUCUAUUAUACAUCUUCCAUGUCUCAUAUCAAGGCAGCCUACUUUAUCAUAGUAGUAUAAACAUAACAACUUUCUUUAAUUUUUCAGACAUGUUUCGACGGUACAUCCGUCAUCUUCAGUGUUAUAUAUUUUGAAAUCGCCGUUGAAUUUAAAGCGCGCGCGAAAGAAAGUUGUUAUGUUUAUACGACUAUCUAUAUUGUUGCUGCUAUCUAGACCUUUUGUACGUUAUCAUACUUGUUUUGGCUAAUAAUUAGUACUGUGCCCAUUCUCUUUAACGCACUUCCCUACGAAAGUAGGUUGCCUUCUAGAUAAGGCUUCUCAAACUUCUAUUUAACUUAAAAAUCUUAAUCUCACAAAUAAAUUUAAAGAUAUCUUUUUUACUCGUUCUGCGUCUCAUCGUUUACCACCAGGGACGUCUGCCAGUCAAGUGGACUGCAUAUGAAGCGUUGAUAUUUAACACUUAUACCACCAACAGUGAUGUGUGA